UACAGUACUCUCAUUAUCUGUGAGGAGCCUUUCUAUAACAUACCAUUAUUUGCCUCUUUGGGGUACUUUCUAUCCUCUUCACAUUCAAUUUGAACUAUGAGCUGGUGGUGGUCUGGAGCUAUCGGCGCUGCCAAGAAGAAAUUGGAUGAAGAUGAAGCACCGCAAAGCUUCCAGAAUGUGGCGUUGGUAGUCGGCGUGACUGGCAUUGUUGGCAACAGUCUGGCCGAAAUUCUACCUCUAGCAGACACACCAGGUGGUCGGUGGAAGGUCUAUGGCGUUGCACGGAGGCCACGGCCCUCCUGGAACGCCGAUCACCCAAUCGAAUACAUUCAGCGUGACAUAACCAAUUCAAAUGACACCCAAACCAAAUUCUCCAUUCUCACCGAUGUUACCCACAUCUUCUACGUCUCUUGGACUAGCCGUCCCACGGAGGAAGAUAACUGCGAGGUUAACGGGGUCAUGUUACUGAACGUCCUCCGCGCUGUCAUCCCAAAUGCUCCGAAUCUCUGCCACGUGUCUCUUCAAACUGGUGGGAAACACUAUUUAGGACCCUUCGCGUUGAUCGACAAGAUUAAUAGCCACGAGCCGUCCUUUACGGAGGAUCUACCGCGUUUGGAUAUACCAAAUUUCUAUUACACUCAGGAAGAUAUCUUGUUUGAAGAAACCAAAAAGAAAGAGGGUUUGAGUUGGUCUGUUCAUAGACCCCUUCUCAUCUUUGGAUUCUCACCUUACAGUUUGAUGAAUGUUGUUGGCACGCUUUGCCUUUACGCUGCAAUUUGCAAGCAUGAACACAUUUCUUUGAAAUUUCCCGGUACCAAGAGAGCUUGGGAGAGUUAUUAUAUGGCUUCGGAUGCAGAUUUGAUUGCAGAGCAACACAUUUGGGCUGCAGUGGAUACUUAUGCUAAGAAUGAAGCGUUCAAUUGUAGCAAUGGUGAUGUUUUUAGGUGGAAACAAUUGUGGAAGGUUUUGACGGAACAAUUUGAGAUUGAGGAGUAUGGAUACGAGGACGGUCCUCGUUUAAGGUUGGCUGAGAUGAUGAAGGAUAAGGGUCCAGUUUGGGAUGAGAUUGUGAAGGAGAACGAGCUUCAACCUACGAAGUUGGAAGAAGUUGCUGAGUGGUGGGUUGCGGAUGCUACUUUUGGAAUGGAAGACAUUGUAGAUAGCAUGAACAAGGCGAAAGAGCAUGGGUUUUUGGGAUUCAGAAAUAGCAAGAAUUCGCUCAUAAAUUGGAUAGACAAGACCAGAGCUUACAAGAUUGUUCCGUGAAUAAUAUCCACGUUGUGGCUUUUCUUUUUGCUUUCAAUUAAAUUCGAGUUGCUUAAUGAUUUAACGAAAAAGUCUAUGCAUUUAUCAUUUAUCUUGUGCGUGACAAGUUGGUCACAAGUAGAGAAACGUUGAACUUUAUAAUGAAUGCUUCAAUGAACUGCUGGCUUCUAGAUCUACCAACACUCUCGGUCCAUUUUAUUUAAUUCUACAGUAACAAGUUUUGUACUGCCAAAAUUUAUUUGACAGGAUUCUCCCUUGCAUCAAUUUAAUGGGACGUUAAAAAAUGAACAAA